GAUAUCAAUCGGUGAUGAGCUUUCCAAGAUGGUAUUUCCUCGCGACCGGUCGGAUCAAGAACCGAUUUUUGAGGGAUGGAGGAGGAGCACUGUCAAUGGACAUUGGACAAGGAAGAGACAAAUCAUGCCAGCCGUUAUUUUCAGACACCCCCCACCCUCUCUCUCUCUCUCUCUCUCUCUCUCUCUCUCUCUCUCUCUCUCUGUGACAAGUUCACAGCCAGAAUUCUCUGUCUCUUCCUAUUCCGGUUUCUGUUGGGGCUCCUGAGGUUUUUGUCUACAAGCUCCCGCUCAUGGAAGGCGUCCAGGAAAAUGGUCUUUUCCCCAGGUUUUUUAGCUCCCCUCAGAGCUCUGAUUCUUCCCUCACUUGGCAAUGUCCCUGCUAUCAAGGCCAGAGAAAUUCAAAAAGAAGAAAAAGAAGAAGAGGAGGAAGGAGGAGGAUGGCAUCGUGUCAAAGGCAAGAAAUUCCGGGCCGGUUUCUCCGACUCGAUAUCCUCCCAUGACUUAAGAUCUUUGGAGAUGGAGGGGAGGGCGAACGAUACUUCCCCCCGAGGAAUUUUCGACGAUGGCCUGGGCAGCGUGGAUCUCGAUGUAACUUCCCCUACCAGCACGUCAAGUUCCGAAUGCCAGUCAUACUCGAAAUCCUCUAGCAAUAGGUGGCAGGGUUUCCUCCGCUCGCUGAAGAAGGGAUCCACCGUGCGCUUCCACACAUUUCCUCUGAAGAGCGUCCCCAAGCUCACUAGGAGGAAGAGCAGGAGGAUAAGAGAGGACAUGGUGCCGGCCUUCCAUGCCAGCCUGGGCACCGAGCUGGGUGAGCUGAACUAUUUCAAACCAUCCUGGAGGAAUUUUACGCUCUUGGAGCUCCAAGAGGCUACCGACAACUUCAGUCAUGAUAAUUUAAUUGGGGAAGGAGGAUGUGCUGAAGUUUACAAGGGUAUACUGCCGGGCGGGGACAUCGUUGCGAUCAAACGGUUGACCAGGGGAUCGCCGGAGGAGAUGACGGCAGAUUUCUUAUCUGAGCUCGGAAUCAUCGUGCAUGUGGACCAUCCGAACAUUGCCAAAUUGAUCGGAUACGGCGUCGAAGGGGGAAUGCACUUGAUUCUCCAUCUGUCUCCUCAUGGGAGCCUCGCGUCUCUGUUAUACAGCUCUAGGGAGAAACUGGACUGGGGUAUCAGGUACAAGGUCGCUUUAGGAACGGCCAAAGGACUAAUGUACCUUCAUGAGGAGUGCCAGAGGAGGAUUAUUCACAAAGAUGUGAAGGCCGCUAAUAUAUUGCUCUCCGAGGAUUUCGAGCCCCAGAUAUCUGAUUUCGGGCUCGCGAAGUGGCUGCCAGAGCAGUGGUCUCAUCACACCGUAUCGCAAAUCGAAGGCACAUUCGGAUACCUUCCUCCUGAGUACUUUAUGCACGGGAUAGUCGAUGAGAAGACGGAUGUUUAUGCUUUCGGGGUACUGCUGUUGGAGCUCAUCACGGGACAGAAAGCUUUGGAUAGUUCGCAGAAAAGCCUCGUCAUGUGGGCCAAGCCUCUGCUUUCCGAUAACCGCAUUAAGGAGGCUGUGGAUCCCUCUCUCGCCGGUGCCUACGACGCGGAACAGAUGGACCGUCUGAUCAUGGCAGCCACUUUAUGUACCCAUCAGUCUUCAAUCCAUAGACCACCAAUGAGCCAGGUCGUACGCCUUCUGAAAGGUGAAAAGGGCAGUUUGGAGCUCGCAAAAGAACAACACCAAAGGCCUUCGCUGCGAAGAACGUACUCCGAGGAGCUGUACGCUGCAGAGGAGUACAACGCGACCAAGUACCUAAACGAUCUGGAUCGGUACAUGGAGAUAGUCCAGGGCUUAACUAAGGAAUGCCGUACCGAGUAGCUCAUCGUUUUUUUGUAAUCAUGGCUCGUAAAAGAGAGAUAUGUUGUUCCGAAUGUAACUCGUAUUGCUUCAACUGGUAUAUGUUCGAGUUCUCAACCAGAUAAUGCACAAUCGUAACCGCAGACGCUUAGGAUGCGACUAAUGAGGUAGAGUUCUAAAAGAUUACAGCACAAGAGGCCUAAAAUAUACAAUACAGAGGUGAAGUUUGGCCAAAAAGCAAUUAACAAUCCAUUAGAGCUUAAGAAGAACC